AAAAACGAGCAUACAAAGAGUGAUAUGAAGAAGGUAAAACUGUGACAGUGGGAAUUAAACAUAAAAAUAGCUCCGGUGACGACAGGAAUAUCUAACCUUAUGCCCUCGGCUACCGGAACUGUGAAGCAAAAUAGAUAAAGUACUUUGGAUUUGUGUGGAUGAUAUUACGUCAAACAUCCUUCCAGAAGAACUACAUAAUUGAAGUCCUCUUUGAAAGUAGUAGAAUAGAUUAAAACAUGCAAUGAAGUUCCCAAGAAAUAUUCAGUCGCUGUUGCUGCAAGAAAAGGAGGAACUAACCCUAUAGGGCAGCAGAAGGGUGGGGCGACUAUGCCCAGUAAUGAAGAAUGUGGGAUCCGAGAUGUUUGGGGUCAUAAUCUCGAAGAAGAAUUUCGAACAAUUCGGCAAGUCGUACAACAGUAUCAAUAUAUUGCAAUGGACACUGAAUUUCCUGGAGUAGUUGCUAGGCCCAUUGGUGAAUUCAGAACUAGUGCUGAUUAUCAGUAUCAGUUAUUACGAUGUAAUGUAGAUCUCUUACGAAUAAUUCAACUCGGUCUUACAUUUCUCGAUGAAUCGGGAAAUACACCUGGUGGUAGUUAUACGACAUGGCAAUUUAAUUUCAAAUUUAAUUUACAAGAAGAUAUGUAUGCACAAGAUAGUAUAGAUAUGUUGCAAAACAGUGGUAUACAAUUCAAAAAACACGAAGAAGAAGGCAUUGAUCCAUUAGAUUUUGCUGAACUAUUAAUGACAUCGGGAAUUGUUCUUGUUGACGACAUAAAAUGGUUAUCCUUUCAUUCUGGUUACGACUUUGGCUAUCUAUUAAAACUUCUUACAGACCAAAAUUUACCACAGGAAGAAAGUGAAUUUUUCGAACUUCUUAGGAUAUAUUUUCCAACAAUAUAUGAUGUAAAAUAUUUAAUGAAAUCUUGCAAAAAUUUGAAAGGGGGCCUACAAGAGGUAGCAGAACAAUUGGAAAUUCAAAGAGUUGGACCACAACAUCAAGCUGGAUCGGAUUCGUUACUUACCGGAAUGGUUUUCUUUAAAAUGCGAGAGAUGUUUUUCGAGGAUAACAUUGAUGAUGCAAAAUAUUGUGGUCAUUUGUAUGGUUUGGGAACAUCAUUCGUUGUAAAUGGUUCAGGAGGAUAUCUAGACAGUAAUGGAGAUAAUUCUUCGUCUUCGUAAUGUUAAAAGCUAUCACAUCUCAGUCGGAACAGAUUAUUUCAUUACAAAUAAAAUGUUAUAAAUAAUGUUUCACUUAAUGAUCAAGCGUAUAGUUCAUAUUCACAAUAUUACAUUCAAAUCACUGCUGUAGAUUAUAAAAUAUCACUAAUUGAAAAUGAAACUAUAGGAAGAUUUUUUCAUAUUUGUGCAUUUUUUGUAUCCUCGAAUUUGAGUCGAAUUUCGUAGGUUUCUCUUCUGUGAUACGUGCUAUUAAUCGAAAAUAUUUACAAUACUGAACAACAUAAAAUAUGUAAUAUAGUUUCUUUACAAGUGUUUAUGACAAUAUUGGUAUACAAGACAAUUGCAGUACAAAAGAAAAAAAAAGGAAACAAAUCUACUUUUAAGAAUUUUGCAAAAUCUCUAUUGGGAUAUGGAAGGUUGGUUAAGUAUAACAAAAAAAAAAAAAAAGUUAAGAAAAAACAAGAUUGCAUUGUUUAAGUACAUCUAUCAGUGUUCAUAUGUACAUUUAUCACGCAAUGCAUUUAUAGAUCAGUACAUUUUUAAGCCUGAUUUCUUAUUUAAUGUUUUAAUAAAUAUUCAUCAAAAUUACGCUUUGUGCAAUUUUAGAUCAACUGAAUAAAAUAUUAAUAUGUAGUAUUUGAAAACAAAAUUCUAUAAUUCUUAUGAAUCUGAUUUUAUAGAAAACACAAUUAGCAAAAAAAAUUUUUUUAUUAUUAUUAUUAUUAUUUAUUUUUCAGGUAGGAUCUCUUAUAUUAUACUACAUAUUUUUUAUUGUGAGAAACGCAAUUAUGAGACUAAAGAUAGAAUGAUCUUCUGCCACACUUUAAAAAUGGACAUCGCAAAACACAUUUCUUUUGUAAAUAACACGUCGUUCCAGAAAUACAAUAAACA